UGCUGUUAUGUAUACCGUGACGCUUGCUCCCUGCUCAGUCAUUCAGGAAGAGCACUGAGUGAAAUCAAGAAAAUCCUACCCACUACACUCCAACUCUGCAGUGUGGAUUACAGUACAUUAGUAGUUUGUUAAGUAUUAGUUUAAAAAGGACAAAAACUGAUUUGUAAGGAAUGGAUCAAGAAAUAUCUUUAGCAACAAUCCAGCUUCAAAAUUCCACACUUUCCCCUCCUGCAAUUUUCAACUCAUCAGACUGGCAUCUUGUUCAUGCUAUUGUACCUCCAUACAUAUUUAUUGUGUGUUUGGCCGGGAUUCUGGCCAAUGUUUUUGUACUGUUGGUGUUCUUCUUCCAGAGGGGAAAGUGGAGUGUGCCUGAGAUCUACCUGGGCAACCUGGCACUAGCUGACCUGAUCAUGCUGGUCUGUUUACCAUUUUGGGCCAUGAACAUCCUCAAUUACUUCUACUGGCCAUACGGAGAGUUUCUAUGUAAGGUUGUCAACCUCUCCAUUAUUAUCAACAUGUACGCUAGCAUUUAUAUGCUGGUGAUGGUGAACAUAGAUCGCUACCUUGCACUAGUGCUGAUUAUGAAAGCAAGAUGGCUGAGGAGGAGACGAAAUGCAAAGGUCAUUUGCUUUUGUGUCUGGCUCUUUGGAGUUUCCAUGGGCAUACCCACUGCAACUUUCAGGACAGUGCAGUACAGCCCAUAUUUACAGACAGCAGCCUGCAUUAUUCAUUACCCUUCUGACUCCUGGAAACUUGCCCACCAUCUUCAAAUGGACCUGUUGGGCUUUGCCCUUCCUCUCCUGACAAUUGUCUUCUGUAGUAGUAAUAUUUUGUGGGUCCUUCAUAAAAGAAGGAAUGGUGUUUUCCCACAAGACAGAAACGAUAGGAAGGCCACAGUGCUGGUGUCUGCUGUGACCCUGUUUUUCUUCAUUUGUUGGGCUCCAUUUCAUAUUUUCACUUUCCUGGAUGUACUUUGUGACCUUAACGUCCUGGAUUUGGAUAGCUGGGCUCAUACCUUAGAUAUCGGAACCCAGUUCACCGCAUACUUAGCAUUUCUGAACAGCUGUCUUAAUCCAGUGCUUUAUAUAUGCAGUGGCCGCUACUUCAAGAGGAAAGUCCGGGAUAUCUAUAAAAGAAGAGAGAGCUCCACUGGGUCUAUGGCCACCACAAUACAACGCUUAGUUAUAUCAAAAUAUGUCCAAAGGAGUGAUCAAAUAACACCAGUUGUAUUGUAGGUCCCGAACUAACAUAUGUGCAUGAGUGUGUGUGUGUGUGUGUGUGUGUGUGUGUGUGUGUGCGUGUUUACAUCAGCCAAUUAACAAUUGUAGUGGUAGAAAUGAGCACUGCAAAUAUAUGUAACAGAUUUUUUUUGUGAGUGUCCUGGAUAUACUCAAGCAUUUACAUGUAUCCACAACAGCACUUGAAAUACUUGUAAACUGUAUCUAAACAUUUACCCUACUCGGCAGUCCCUGAAGUUUGUUUCUAACAGAGUUGCUGUUUUGUGUCAACCUUGGGUUGACCCAUGCACCCCCUAUUUAACAUGCUGUGCAUUACUGUCUGUAGAAGGUUCCUUUUCAAGGAACAUUAAGUCAUACUGUUACAUGUUCUCCUAAAUAUAAUUUUUAGCCAUUUGUAAAUUUGUUUCUAAAUUUGUUUCAUUUGUUUACUAAUUAAAUCUCAUUUAUUUGUCUUAUUAUGGAGCACGUUGGGAAAAGAGCUGUACAUGAAUAACCUCUUUGUGUUUUGAAAAUAAUAAAAGUCACUUCCACAA